AACUCAUGCAGAGCGCAGAUGUUACUUAUAAGGGGUAAAGAAGCAUACUAAUUUCUUCUAAUCGGUGCGAUAUAAUACAUUCCCUUAGCAGGGCUAGGAGCUAUUACGCAACCCAUAGCCAGAGUUGCUAGCUGUCAAAGCGAAAGCCGACCAAUUGAAAAGGACCAUACGCAAUUGCAGGAGCCAAUCAGCGUUCUUCUUCUUCUCCUGUGGUUUCUGGCUAGCUCAUCCUGCUCUUAGCUCUGCAGGAUUUCAGUAAAAACAGGAUUAAUUCUCUGAGGAUGUUUGAACGGGUUUUCCACGCCGAGUCCAGCUCCAGCACUGCUUCUUAUUUCAUCUAGCGGCAGGUAACAUUUACAAUUAUGGAGGUUUAAAAAGGUGGUGUGUUUUGGGGGGAGGGGUCUUUCCCCUCAGGCUGGAUGGACUGUUUGAUGGACUUUUCAGGUUGUUUUGAAAUUUGUUGCCUUUUGCACAGAAAGCUAAACUAGAGAACUAUUACAAAGAAAGUAUUUUUGCAAAACAGGGACUAUAUGUUUGUAAAGAUUUUGUACAGAAAAGAAAGAGCCAAAAUAUUUAUUAUUUAAUGUUGCCAUUGAUGCUUCUUCCAGCACUGUGUUGUUUGGGUAUUGUUGUUGAUAUGGUGGACUGAGGCAAGGUUGACAUUCACUCUGGGGUUGCUAGGGUGCGGUGGAAACCCAACACUUGCACAAUUCUAGCACCCCAAAGUUUGGACAGAGCACUUUUUUUUUUUUUUUGCUUUUUUUUUUGCUUUCUUUUUUGCUUUUGUGUUUGGAAGAUUUAGGUUUGUAAUGAGGUUAUCAGUACCUCCAGGGCUUAACUGAUUGUAACUGAGCCUUAAUAACAGGUAAGUCUGUGGUAGAGUAGGGCAUAUUUUAAUUGAGUGGAGAGGAAAGUGUACAAUAAGGUGUUCUGGGAAAGGGCAUAAGAUGAGUCUGGUAACCCCAGAAUGCACACCAAAAUGCCAUUCGCCACGUCACGCGGAUGUGAUUGUGGCUGCUCUGACGGGUGGCUCAGAAGGACAGCUAAAGACCUUCCUGUCAACAUACUGCCAUAACGCUGCCAAAUUGAAGGAUGAGUUUGGCCGCACUGCACUCCAUCUCGCUGCUUCAGUGGGAAAACGAGCCUUGCUCGAAUGGCUUCUAGACAGCAGGAGUGCUGACCUGUUGCUGAAGGACAAGGAGUCGGGCUGGACAGCUUUGCACCGCAGUGCUUUCUAUGGACAUAUUCACUGUCUCAUGGCCCUUGUUAAGCGUGGUGGUUCACUCUCUACUCCAGAUAAGGAGGGACUCUCUGUACUGGACUUAACUAUGAAGGACCGUCCAGCUCAUGUUGUGUUUCAGAACAGUGAUCCCACUGAGGUGUACACCUGGGGAAACAAUACCAACUUUAGCCUUGGACAUGGAAACCAGGAGAGUAGACACAAUCCUGAGAUCGUGGACCUGUUUGCCAGAACUGGGGUUUAUAUUAAGCAGGUGGUCGUCUGCAAGUUCCACUCUGUCUUCCUUUCUCAGAAGGGUCAAGUUUACACUUGCGGUCAUGGACAGGGAGGACGUCUUGGACAUGGGGAUGAACAGACAUAUUUGGUUCCCCGUCUAGUGGAAGGGCUGGUCUCCCAUCACUGCUCACAGGUUGCUGCAGCUAGAGAUCACACCGUGGUUCUGACUGAGGAGGGUUAUGUGUACACCUUUGGUCUUAACACAUUCCAUCAACUAGGCCUGACUCCUCCUGCUGCCAGCCAAGUCCCCAAACAGAUGACUUCUAAGUGUUUGAAAGGGAAGAAUGUGGUCGGUGUUGCUGCUGGAAGAUUUCACACUGUUCUCUGGACGAGAGACGCAGUCUACACCGUGGGGCUGAACGGAGGACAGCUGGGUUACCUGCUGGAUCCAAAUGGGGAGAAGUGUGUAACUGUGCCUCGGCAGGUGUCAGCUCUACACCACAAGGAUGUCACCAUUGCCAUGGCUGCAGCCAGUAAUGGGGCUACUGUGUGUUUGACAGAGAAAGGGGAUAUCUAUUUGCUUGCAGACUACCAGUGCAAGAAGUUGGCUUCCAGGCAGCUGAACAUCAAGAAGGUUCUUGUAACCGGAGGCACUUUGGACCAUCGUGUAGACCCACACCUCCUAAACGAAAGUGGGGGAGAGAAGAUCUCCAUCUUGGCACUGGAUGAGAUUGGCAGGGUUUUCUGCUGGCACUCAGCAGGCACUUCACUGAAACAGUGUAGGUGGGCUUACGGGCGACAGGUCUUCAUGUCUGACAUCGCCAUCAGCAAGAGCAAAAUGAUGUUCAUCACGCAGGAUGGAGAGGGUUUUAGUGGUCAGUGGCUUGGUGAAUACAAGAAGGGUAUGGACAAAAAAGAAGUGAGCAGUCAUUCCGAUGGUGGAAGUGCGCAUGAGCGUAUUCGACUGGAAAGACUACCGUACAUCCAUCGAGCUGUCAGCAUUACCAUGGAUUCUAAGGGCCGUAACUUUGGGGUGAUCCAGUCUGAUCCCAAAACCAGCAUAUAUGAAGUGCCCACUGUUUCAGCCUCCUUGUUCACCCAGCACUUUCAGCAACUCCUGGCUGAAGUCGACGAAACGGACAGUAUUCAUGAUGUGACCCUUCAGGCUGGUGAUCGCGUCUUUCCGGCUCACAAGUACAUCCUGUCUAUGCGUUCAGAUCUUUUCCGCAAGCAGCUCUUGCCAGAGGCUGGCCACGGAGACGAGGUCGAUGGGGAAGUAAAGAGAAGUGUAGAUGCUGUGGGCUGCGAUCUACUGAUACUGGAAAAUAUCUCUCCAGACAUGCUGGAGCAAGCACUUCACUUCAUCUAUACAGAUUCGUGUGAGAUGCUAGUGCAUGGAGCAAGGCCAAAAAUCUCACGCAUCAACCGUGGCCCUGAGCAAGAGCCGCAACAGCUAAUCUGCAGCUUGCACGAGCUUAACGUCAGUGGACGCUCCGCUCUGGAAAUCUACCGAUCCCUGCCUACUUCAGUUCCCAGUCAGGGAGAAAAGCCAAAGGGCAAAAGUGCUAAAUCUGGGAAGAAGGACAAGGGUGGCAGUGCUAAUGAUCCAAGCCACAAUCCUGUAAAGAUGUUGCAAGCAGUAGCCAAGAAACUGGGCUUGGGUACUCUCUCUGCAAGGCUUGAUGGAGUAAAGUAUGAAAAAGGGCAGAUCAACAUGGUUCAAAAGAAGACUGGCAGCAAACUAAGAUUUUACCUAAAGAAGUGCCCCUACCUCUGUGACGUCACCUUGAGGUCUGAGGAUGGAAAGGAGUUCCCUUGCCACAAGUGCAUUCUGUGUGCUCGACUAGAGUAUUUUAACAGUAUGCUGGGAAAUCCCUGGAUUGAGUCUACUAGUUGUACUGCACUGGAGAUGCCGACCAGUGCCAAGGUCUUGCAGGUCAUUCUGGAGUACAUUUACACAGACGAGUCUCCCACCAUAAGAGAGUCUCUGAGUGUGGAGUUUGCGUGCAGUGUCCUGGUAGUGGCUGAUCAACUGCUCAUUAUUCGGCUGAAGGAGAUAUGUGAAGUGGUCAUCACUGAAAACCUGACUCUGAAGAAUGCUGCAGAGCUACUGGAGUUUUCUGUGAUGUACAAUGCUGAGCAGCUUAAACUUUCCUGCCUACAGUUUAUUGGUCUCAACAUGGCUGCCUUGCUGGAGUCCAAAGCCCUGGAGAUCUUGAGUGAUGACGUGUUAUUGGAGCUGUCUGAGGCAUAUAGGAAAAUGAUUCCAGCCAUGCAGAGACGACACAUCACUCCUUAUCUUGGUGGCCCUGAUCUGAGUGCCUAUGAAGACAUAAGCCUGGAUUUAACCACCAGCUGUAAAACCAGCUUUGAACAUGAGCAAUCCUGCAAUGAUGGUCUGAAGAAAACGAAGAUAAAGGCCAAGAAAAAAUCACGACGCCGUUUGGAUAGCUCAGGAGGUUACACCCUGUCUGAUAUCAUCCAGAGUUCACCCACUGAUGUCAUUCAGAGCCCACCCUCUGUAGGUUUGGUAGACUCCGGGAAAGCUUGCUCUGUGGAAUCUCUGCAUGAGCUGAUCACAUCUGAUUCUGAGGGCAGUUACAUAGGAGUAGGCAGCCCUCGAGACCUUCAGUCACCAGUCUUUCAGGACAGAACUUAUGUACAAGAGGAAAAGUCAAGCCAUGUCUGCUGUAAGACUCCUCCCAGCACUCCAACCUGGAGGAAAGGUUCUUUGCCUGUGAAGUGCUCCACACCUGAACCCAUCCCCAUGAUUAAAGCAAGUCCGUCUCGCCCAGCACCUGUUCUGGAUCUCAGGGCCAUUAUGGAAAUGGAGGCCAACACUCUGUACCGUGGCGCUACUCUGAAAAGCCCUGGCUUGUCUGGAAACGGCAGUAAAAUUUCAGUCAUCCCCACUAAACUGUCUCAGAAGCAGAGGAAGAUGAUGGCCAUGGCUACCAGAGAGGCUAGUGUUGAUGGACCGUCUGCCAAAUCUCCCCCUGGAGUCACUUUAUUUAAGCCAGCGAAAGGCUGGGCAUCAGCGGUGCAGUCCCCUCCUUCAUCAUUGUCUUUUCGGGAUUUGUUAAUGGAGGAGGAGCAGCGUGAUAAAUCAUCCCCAACUGCUGCCAUGGCUGCCGGGAGUCCAGCGAGUCCUGUUGGCAUGGCCACUUGUGCCAAAAGAGUGACCUUUAAAUGUGCCGAGCCUGGCAAACCUGCAGGGCCAUGGGUGCUUGGGCAAGUUGGAAGCCCACCAGCUGCUACAGCGAUCACUUUUGCAUCCAUUGUUGAAGAGGAGAAGCAGCAGGAAGCUGCACUCAUCCGUAGUCGAGAGAAGCCUCUGGCAUUAAUUCAGAUUGAGGAGCGAGCAAUUCAGGACUUGCUGGUUCACUACAAGGCUUUCAACAACCCUGAUGAGCUCAUCAUGGUGGAGAGAUCUCCUCAAGGCCCUGUCGCUGCCCCUACCUGGAACAUACAUUCAAAUUAGCACACACUCACACACUACCUACAUACCACAUGCACACCUUUUGUGAGUUUCAGUCAGCGUUAACAUGUACCUUGGCCGUGUAACUGGAGCAGUAGGUUUUUUCAAGCUUUUUUUUUUUUUUUAAAGCUUUAUUCAGUGCUUUCUAUUUGCUGUUCCUUAUUGAAUUUUGUGAGGGAUUUAAGGUGAAAACUAAUUAGGAGAAGAAUUCAUAUGUUACAGUUUACGUUGUGUAUUUGUAGAAAUGAGAUUCUUUUGUUUUCUUGCUUAUGGCGUACAGCAGUUAGCAGAAAUACGCUGCAUUUGAAGUCUAAGACAAAGUGAAUGUUAACCGAAGCCUUGAGUCUUUUGUUUUUUGGGGGUCUUAUGUGAACAUUGUUAUUGGGCAGUUUAUUCUGGAAGUGGAAUGCAAUAAAUUAACAUCUCAUGCACUAAAA